AUGGCUCGUCUCUCUAGUACCGUCCCACUCCUGCUCGUCGUCAUCGUCUUCGUCCUUGCAGUGACAACCAGUCCGCCGUUCCAAGCCCAUGCUUCCCGGCAUCACCAGGUGGCGGACGUCGCGGAUCCACCGUCGUCGUCGUCGUCAUCAUCCGUGGAGACUGACAAAGUUUCGGCAGGCACUGAUGUGCUCAUAAUCCAGACAUACAAGAGAGACCAUGUUGCUGAAGAUGGCAACAGCAACCGUUUCUCGCUGCCGGCACGCGCUCCUUCCACGGCGCCAGCGUCGUCGCCUCCCGAGGGCGGCGGCCUGGCCGGUGACGUGGGCGGAUUUUUCGCGGACCUGCGGAGGAAGUUUUGGAGGCUCGACGAGCCGUACCACCAUGUGAUUCCGGGCAUCGGAGACCACAACUAA